AUGAAAUCGCAAUAAUCUAGCAAAUAACAAAUCAAACCAAUUACUUAGCCAUUUCAGCCUAAAAUUGAGCAAGUGAAAAUAGAGGCUAUUGUUCCAAGACUGACUAAUCAAGAGAAACUCAAACAAAUGAUAGAAAAAUAAAGUCAAGACAUAUCAAAUAGGAGAGAUGUAACGUAUGUUGUUAAGAAAUUAAAAGCAAAGUUUAAGAAGUAACAACUUGAAGAGCAACUACUUCAUAUAACUAUGAGCUAAAAUGCUAUUUCCAAAAAGGAAUAUGAUUAAAAGCUCUAAUUAAUAAAAGAACAAUAAGAAAUCAUUGAGGAACUAUUAGAGCAAGACAACUUACUCAAAUAAAAGCUUGGAAUUGUUUCACAUUUGAAGACUAUUGAAAACUAUCAUGACAGGGCUAACAAUGAGAAUAAAUCCGAAACUGUCAAGAAAGAAAAGAAGGCCAAGUCUUUCAUUAAGAGAAUUCACAUUGAAAAAUAGCAAAGAGAGCAGUAAAUGCAAAAGCUGUAGCAAGAUUAGCAGUAGAAGCUUGAAAAAGAGGAGAAAAAGCGAUAGAAAAUGGAAGAGGAAAAAUAAAAGGAAAUAGAGCUGGAGACAAAGGUCAAGAAGUAAGAACUAAAGCAAAAGAUUUAAAAGUAGACUGAGGAUAGAAUUAAGUUCAAAGAAGAGACAGAAAAAGCUAUUAAAGUAGUUAAGAAGUAAAAGCCAGUCUACUUAGUGAUUGAAGAGAAGUACAAAACUGAGGUUGAGAUACCCGAGUUAGAGGAGAAGAAGUAAAAGCUGAAGGAAUUGAGAGACAUGUUCUAGCCAAUCAAAGAUUUGAAGAUUAAUAAACACACUAAAAAGUAUGAGGCAACAAGAAAACAAAUGGAGACUGAAAUAAAGAAGCAAAGAAAUUUAUCGAUGAAGUCACUUCAAGAGCAUAUGUCUAGAUUGAAAUAUUAGCCUCAUCUAUCAGAUGAAUUUGAUGAAAUGAGAAAAUAAAUUGAUGAGCAACAUAGGAUUAAGGAGUAAAGGGAAAGGAUACAUGAAAAGGUUAGUAAUUAUGCCAAGUUUGUUAAGGAAGUUUACUGGCCUAAAGUAAGCGAUGACAAGAGAAAUGAAUUAGAUUAGAUGAAAGAGAGAAUAAAGACUCAGAAGCUCCAAAGAAGUGCUUCUUGGUCUUAGAAAGUUAAGUAGAAUCAUCAUUAUAUUCCUCCAGGUGGCAGAAAUACAGAGCUAGGCAGAUAUGGAAUGCAUGAUACUAUGGAAUUAACUGGAGAUACUCGUAAUCAUAGGACGCUUGGAGGCAGCAAUAGUGUCCUAGAAGUAAGAUCCCCAAACCAAAUUAAGUCAGCAAAAUCUAAGUGGGGAGGUGGUAAGAACAAUAACAUGUCUCUAGAUACUCUCAUUCUGCACCCAACUUAAAAUAAUUAUAAUUCUGAAUCUCUGAAAAAUCUAGGCAAGUCAAAGGACUAUCUGAAGGAUUAAAGAAUAUAGAGAGAUCUAGAUGAACUGGAGGGUAAGAAAAAGAAGUAGAUUGGGAAUGAUAAAAUGUGGAAUAACUUUUUGAGUGAUUAAACUAUCAGUGAGUACAAAAAGAUUGAAGAUAUUAGGAGAGUUGCUGAGAUGCUUGAGUCCAAGGCAAAGAUGAAUGAAUAGUAUGCAAGAAAUACAGCUGAUAAGCACAACUCAACUAUCAAUAUUGAGAAAAGUAUUGCAGCAAAUGAAAAAUAUCUGGAAGCUAUAAAGGUCAAACUUAAGGUUUUAGAUCACCUAUGA